CCGUGACUUACCCGAUCCCACAACGGAGCAAAGUUGGAAGCACUGCGAGGCCCUCGAUUUCAUCUCCUUGUCACCCCUCUCGCUGUCGACAACCCAUCGCGAUACCGUCGCGCCAUCGCCCAUCAUGUCGCUCGUGUCCGGCGAGAAGACGAACUUCCAGUACAUCUUGCGUCUGCUCAACACUAAUGUUGACGGCAAGCAGAAGAUCAUGUACGCCUUGACCAAGAUCAAGGGUGUUGGUCGCCGCUACUCCAACUUGGUCUGCAAGAAGGCCGAUGUUGACCUCACCAAGCGUGCUGGUGAGCUGACCACCGAAGAGCUCGAGCGUGUGGUCACCAUCCUCCAGAACCCCACCCAGUACAAGAUCCCCACCUGGUUCCUCAACAGACAGCGCGACAUCACCGAUGGCAAGGACUCCCAGGUUCUCUCCAACGGUCUCGACAGCAAGCUCCGUGAGGACCUCGAGCGUCUCAAGAAGAUCCGCUCCCACCGUGGUCUCCGUCACUACUGGGGUCUCCGUGUCCGUGGACAGCACACCAAGACCACCGGUCGCCGUGGACGCACCGUCGGUGUCAGCAAGAAGAAGGGCUAAACAACUCGCGAGGGAUAUCUGCUUCCGUUCCUUCUUGCUUGCCGGAGUCGAUCUGGGGAGGGGGUUCCUUUUUGUAUGUUGGUGUGUUUUUAAAGGAAUUCAUGGGACUCGAAUAUAAAAAAACCGGGCCCAAAAAAG